AUGACCGGCAGCCACGUUUGUUGUAAUUUUUUAAAUAUGUGGAAAAAAAACAAGAUAUCAACCAUGUAUUACCUUAACCAAGAUGCCAAAUUAUCUAACUUGUUUCUCCAGGCAAGCAGUCCAACAACAGGAACAGCUCCCAGAAGUCAGUCAAGGUUGUCUGUCUGUCCAUCCACUCAGGACAUCUGCAGAUCUUCCAUCUUGCAUGACAUGUCAGAAGAGUCAUUUGAGUACUGCACCCCUGUCAUGGUGCUGGGCCCUGCUAGGAAGGAGUCUGGUAAGAAACCGGUAAAACAGAGACCUAGGAGGAGGAAAAGGGUCUCUGAGAGAUAUGAGCAUGCAGAAGAGCAAAUAAAGGGGAGAAGAAGUGAUUUUCACCUUCAGCUCCCAAGUUCCAGAUGGAGGGAGCUUUAUACGGAUUCUUCAGAUUCAUCUUCCACAGAUGAGAGUCACUGGAUUCAGGCAAAGAGAAGAGCCCAGGUUAAAUUCAGACUGUCGAGAAGAAGACGGAGAAAUAAUAACAAGCCUUGUGAAAAUUUUGAUGGCUCCUCUUCUCCUGAUGGAAUUGAGCUUGGUGAUUUGGGAUCCAAUGGUAAAAAGCAAGAAGAACUGACUGAAUGUGAGAACUGCUCUUUAAAUCUCCGCAGAGGAAAAGGCACAAGAUACCAAGAAUGUGGCCCUUCUCUGACUAGAGGAUCCUUUGAUAUUAAGAGAUCCUCAAGGAACCAUGAGAACAGCAAAGGUAGAUAUCACCACAGAGAUCCUCAGCUCUUGCAGAGUCUUAGGCCGAAUGAAAUAAUAAAAAAGAGACUUUCAGAAACAGAUUCCAGUACUGAAAUCCUGGCAGUUACAGAAGGCAGCAAGUACGUGGAUGAUGCGGGGCUCCAGGUGCAUCACCUUAGCCAGAAGCCUCCUGUCACCUGUGACGAUGAGUCUGAUAAUUUAGACGUGUGCAGAAUCUGUCACUGCGAAGGGGAUGAAGAGAGCCCCCUCAUCACACCCUGUCGCUGCACAGGGACCCUGCGCUUCGUCCACCAGUCCUGCCUCCACCAGUGGAUCAAGAGCUCAGACACACGCUGCUGUGAGCUCUGCAAGUAUGACUUCAUAAUGGAGACCAAACUCAAACCACUCCGGAAGUGGGAGAAGCUACAGAUGACCACAAGUGAAAGGAGGAAAAUAUUUUGCUCUGUCACCUUUCAUGUCAUCGCCAUCACCUGUGUGGUUUGGUCUCUGUACGUGUUGAUAGACCGGACAGCAGAGGAGAUCAAACAGGGCAACGACAAUGGUGUCCUUGAGUGGCCAUUUUGGACAAAACUAGUCGUGGUGGCUAUCGGCUUCACAGGAGGUCUCGUCUUUAUGUACGUGCAGUGUAAAGUCUACGUUCAGUUGUGGCGCAGGCUGAAGGCCUACAACCGUGUGAUCUUUGUACAAAAUUGCCCGGACACUGCCAAAAAACUGGAGAAGAACUUCUCAUGUAAUGUAAACACAGACAUUAAGGAUGCUGUGGUAGUGCCUGUGUUACAGACAGGUCCAAGUUCCCUGCCAUCUGCAGAAGGCGGCCCCCCUGAAGUUGUGUCUGUUUGAUGGAACCAGUUGGGAGCUUCUUUACUGAAGAAUACCUUUCUAGCCCUCAGCCACUACACAUGACAGAAGUGAUCCUGAAUGAUCCACUCCCUUCAGCUCCUCCUCCUACUCAUGCAUUUUUCCUUACCUUGCUCAAAAAGGAAAGGUGGAAAACACACCAAAUGACCGGGAUUCCCUGAAGUACAGCCUAAAGUGUGAUAUGGAAAUGUGGAGUUUGCUAGACAAUGAUUUCUAAGACAAUUAAGAACCAUUGAAGCAAUGAAUGCUCUUGGGCAAUGAUACAAGUUUAAAUGGACCAGUGAUACUCUUCACAGUGGCAGGGGAAAAGUUCAAGAAUACAGACUUGAAUUGCAAUGUGUGUUUCUUCUAGGGCAUUGUAAUGGUAAAUAUCUCAUCUGGAAAUGACAAACAUAUUUGGUUUUAAGCCUGAAAUAGUCUGCAUUAUCCCUAAGUCACAUUAUAAGCAAACUUGGAGGAUGCAUAUUUUGAUAUACUUUGACAGCUAACAGAUUUUUAUGGCUAUAGUGGAGGUCAGCUAUUUUGACAGAUGCACGUUUUUAAAAUAGAUGCAAUAUACAAUUGAAGAUAUUAAUACUUGGAAUUAUGUUUGAACCAUGAACAAAAGUUUUUUCGGAGAAUCUUUGGGUUUAAUUAGCUGUUAAAUACCCACAGAAAUCAGCUAUCAGGUCUUAUAUUUUUGUCUGGUCCCUCUAAUACAGUGCUGUCCAACAGAAAUAUAACAUUAGCCACAAAUAUGGACCACAUAUGUACAUUUUAAAUUUCCUAGUAGCCUCAUUUUGAAAAGUAAAAAUGGUAAAAUUAAAUUUGAUAUUUAUUUAACACUUUACAUAAGUUGUUUCAACAUGUCAUCAAUAUAAAAAAAAAAUAUUAGUUUACAUCUUUUUUUUUAAAACCAAGUUUUCAAAAUCCAGUUUGUAUUUUAAAACACACCUCAGUUUGAAUUAGUCAUAUUGGACAGCACAGCCCUAAACUGAGAGACUAAGCCUCUGCUUCAUUUAACAGUAGAAGAUUUCAAAACAGCAGCUAAAUUAGCAAAUGUUAUGAUUUUACGAACCACUAAAUCCAAAUUGAAGAGUUAGAUGAAGUUCAUGGUCCUCUAAAUAAAGGGUAAAAAAAAAAAGUAAAUAUAGAAAGAUAAAGCAAUUUGCCUGUAGCAAAGUUGUGAAAUUAACUUCUGUUUGCCAUAAUGAAGCACUUGCCCAAUAGUGAAAUAAAAUUAAACAUUUUAAUUAAAUCAAAUGUAUGAGGUCCCCACCCCACAUGAGGUGUCAACUUGACAGAUGAAUAGUUAUGACCAAGAAUUCAGAUUUUAUUUAAAAAGCUGACAGGAUUUCUCAUGCUCAGUUGGGAAGCAAAACGACUUAACAGACUCUGUGAUAAAUAAUAAAUUGUUUGUUUAUAGGUU